AUGCCACUCACAGUACAGGAAAUAUUUUCCUACAAAAAGCCUUGCAUUCUGAUUGAUAGCAGGGAUUGUUAUUAUUCAAAAAUGGGUAAGAUUCGUUGCUACCUUACAGUUUGCUUUUAGCGUUAUCGACUUCAUUUCACAUGAAAUCAAUGUUUAGCCACUGAUUAAUGUCUGACCAUCAUCAGCCAACGUUUUAUCUUAAUAUUUGGUUGUAUGCCUUAGUGUUAGCAUUUAGUUAGCUAGGUAGGCUGUUAUGGUAAAUGUACGAUUUCCUAUGAAUAAAUUAGGAUUAUUUGGUUAUUCUUUGAGGUAAGCCAGACGAACGUUUGCUAUCCAGUCAAUUUCUAAAAGACAGAUGUCGAUAUGUUGCUCUACUCGCUGGGUCGUUCCACUAAUAGAGUACAUUUUGAGUAGUGUAACUUUGUCCAACAAAACUAUUAAUUUCACCUAACAUUCUGUCAUAAAGAGUGUUGUUCAACUUCAUAAAAAACAUGUUUUCCCAUCUCAAGGGGUUAAGAUGGGAAAGCAUGUUUUCAUGUUUUUCAGACUUAUAGGAAUAUUUGAACACACUUAACCCCAGCAUUUCCUCAAAUGUUCACCAUCAUUGCAAAGCCCUAGUUAUGUUGUUGCCAUUUUCAGUAUUAUUUUGUGGUGGAAAACUGAACCCGUCAAGCAACACGUUAACCCUGUUGCCCAUAGAUAGAAUGGCUAGAAAUGUUUUAACAAUUUCAAUCUGUGUGAAGCUUGCAUUCAAUUGCCCCUACCUGUUGCACACAACACGUUUACAUUCCCCCUGUCACAAGGGAUUUAUGCGUGAUUUAAGAUUAAAAUCUCAACCCUGUUACUUUAAAGCCACUUUAUUGGCACUUACUAGUCUUUUUUUGUUUUACUUACUAGUCUUUUUAUUUAAUGUAAAAAAAUAAAUAAUCAAGACUACAAAGUGCUGUUAAAGUAACAGGGUUGACCAUAACAGGGUUGAGGUUUAUCUUAAAUCACACAAAUCCCCUUGUGACAGGGGGAAUGUAAGCUUGUUGUGUGCAACAGGGAGGGGCAAUUGAAUGCAAGCUUCACACAAAUUGAAAAUGUUAAAACAUUUCUAGCCUAUCUAUCAGGGUUAACGUGUUGCUCGACAGACUCAGUUUUCCACCACAAAAAAAAAAAACAGAAAAUGGCAAGAACAUAAUUAGGGCUUUGCAAUGAUGGUGAAAGUGAUCUUCCUAGAAGUCUGAAAAACAUGACGAGGGACAUGUCAAAAUGCAGAUUUGCCACUUUAGUUAGUAUUUAUUCAUAUAAAAAUCUGAUUUAUAGAAUUUUCCAUGUGGUCUAUAUUAAAUGGCACGCCAAUAAUGGUGAACAAUUUCUACUUAAAAUAUCAAAGGGAAACACCCAUCUAUCUACCUGAAUUACUGGUUUGACCCUCCCUCUGCAGGCAUCUCGUAUUUCAUAUUGAAGAAAAUAAUAAGUUGCUGACACGUGAAAGUGAAUGCAUACCAGACAGUGCUAUUAUAUGCCUUUAGCAGAAUUCAUUUCACAAUGUGAUGCAUUUAGCAGACCUGACAGUUGACAUUAGUGUUUGUCCUUUUUGAAGUUAUCUAUAUAGUUUGACCAAUGUUAUGAGUAAAGUAUGACCACUUUAAUCUUCUUUAUCCCUCCUGCCUUGUUAAAUCUAGGUGGGUUCUUCUCCAGUCUUUUUUCUGGCCUGUUUGGCACCAGGGAAAUGAGAAUACUGAUCCUGGGGUUGGAUGGAGCUGGGAAAACCACAAUCCUUUACAGACUUCAAGUUGGGGAGGUCGUCACCACAAUUCCCAGUGAGUGAAAAUCCUAACUUCUUCUCAGUGCUGAGGAACACUCACACGCCUAACUCCUGCAUGCCAAUACAAUGGUAUGUCUUGCAACAGAUAUAUUGGUCACUGAAAUGGCUUAUGCAGUGAAUAACAUGUAAACAGUUACGAUUAACCUACAGUACUAGAAAUAUGUUGACUCGCCAUUCUCUUUUUUUCAGCCAUUGGUUUCAACGUGGAAACGGUGACAUACAAGAAUCUGAAGUUCCAGGUGUGGGAUCUUGGGGGGCAGACCAGUAUUAGGUAUUGAGACAUUCCUGACUUCUACUUAUUUAUUGUAGCAUAUGUCUCACACAUCUGAAUAUUGCAACCAUCAGCAGUCAGUUUGUCAAGAGUCAACCAACAAAUGUAUUGGUUACCCUAAUGUUUCUUCUUGCAUCUCUCUCUGUUUCAGGCCUUACUGGCGCUGCUACUACUCCAACACCGAUGCUGUUAUCUAUGUAGUGGACAGCAGUGACAGGGACAGGAUGGGAAUCUCCAAGUCUGAACUGGUGGCUAUGCUUGAGGUAUGAGAAAUGUGGCUUUAAUAGCUUGUAUAAAAGCCUUUCAUACGUGAAAAUGUUUAUUGGUGCCAUGGCUUACACCAGCUCUUUUUAUCCAUACUUGCUAUAUUUUGAUGGCAUUGUGAGCUAAACAGCCUGUGCAGUCACAUACUAGAUUUCCAGAUAUAGUGGCCUCUGUCUGUAUUCCUUUUGCAGGAGGAGGAGCUGAAGAAGGCUAUACUGGUGGUGUUUGCCAACAAGCAAGACAUGGAGCAGGCCAUGACUCCCACUGAGGUGGCCAACUCCCUGGGCCUGCCAGCACUCAAAGACAGAAAGUGGCAGAUCUUCAAGACCUCCGCCACCAAGGGAACAGGGUUGGACGAGGCCAUGGAAUGGUAAUAGAAUAGGAGCCAAAUUAAUGAGGCAGUUUAGUUAGUAAUAAGGCAAUAUUAGUGUGUGUGUGUCUUUCAGCUGUUAAGAUGAUGACAGUUUUCAUUAAAUUAAUAACAUGGUUUGCAUUAGGAACAAAGGGUAUGAAUGACAAGCUGAGGAGUCAUUCAAUAUACAACAACAAAACUGAAUCAUUUUUCUGUUUCUGUUUACUCCUUAGGCUGGUGGAGUCUCUCAAGAGCGGACAGUAA